CUUAUUCUGUUACUUGUAUCAGUAUAACAGCUAGUGUAUUCGUGUUUGGAUUAGUUCUGCAUAAAUGUAACUAAUUCUGUUACUUGUUUCAGUCCCAGAUUAUUAAAUGCAGGUUCAUCCAUCCAACUCCUGUGCAGAGCAGACAUGAAGACAACAAUUAUUUCUCUCCAGCCUAUAUUAUGAGUUCCUAUUAACAUUUCAUAUUCUCUCCCCCCUACUCCCCCCCCCUUUAUUGAAAAUAUAGUUAAUACCCCAUUAAUUUCAUGAAGUCCUUUGUUUAAAUCACACAAAUUAUAAACCCCACAUUCUGUAAAUGCACUGUGACCCCCCAACACACACACACACAUACACACAAACAAACAAACAAACUCUAGAACACAGAUUUCGAAGCACUACCCCCUAUCCAGUUGUAAAAUUAGUCUGUUGUGAGUGAUGCUUCUAUGAUGACUCCUAACCCCCUCCCCCUCAAGAUCAGAGAUAUAUAGAGGGGGAGAGAGGAUUCAACACAUACUGAGUUAGUGAAUCUGUCAAGGUAUCUGCAUUUUGGGAUCCUGUCUGGUCUCUGAAUACACCUCAUUCCUGCAGAUUACUACAGAGGAUCACUCAUUGCUAUACCUUCCAUUCACUAUUAACUCACUAGCCCUGAGGAUUUCACACUGAGUCCUUCACCAAGAUCACUACCUUCACCUCUGUUGGACCCUCCUCUUUUGGUCAGCGAUGCUAUGGGUAUUGCCUCAUGUUGGUUGGUGGUGGUUCUUUCUUCUCCUCGCUGCCCCACAACCAGGUGUCUCCUGGUACAAGCACUCUGCUAGCCCCAGGUACCACACAGUGGGCAGAGCAUCGGGGCUCUUGAUAGGGGUGAGAAGGUCACCCUACCUUUGGAGGAGAAGUGUGAGUGGAGACAGAUGGAUAGACAACCAGAAAGGAGAUCUUCAUGGAAAUGAGGUUGUCCAUGGGCUUCUGGAAGAUGCAGAUACUGAACAUUUGCUUUAUCCUGGUCCAGAUGAGGUCAGUAAUAGUAUGGAAGAAAGUUUACGAUGGAAGACAGGCAGGGGGCUGGAAGACAGAGCGAUGGAAGAGGUGAUUAGGGGUCUACAGGAACAAGAGGAAGAAAGACGAAGUCUAGAAGAGGUCAAGAGGAGAGACCAACAACUAACGAAUCUUGACGAGUCCUUGAUAAAUUUGCCCAUGACAGAAGAAGAGGAGAGAAGUCUGGAAGAGGUGAGGAGAGGACUCCAAAUGCCUUGGGAACAAAAGACUAAUGUGGAUAUUAGAAGGUUCCAGGUGCAAGGAGAACCAGAGAGAGGUCUGGAAGAAUCGUGGAGAAGACUCCAAGCGGCAGGAGAACCCAUUAUGAAUGUGGAAGUCAAGAGAAAUCUCCAAGUGCCUGGGGAGCAGAGCUGGAGGUCCGCAACGAAAAUGCCUGGGGAGGGCGCGAUGUAUCAACUUGAGAAGAGCAGGGCAAUAUUGCAGCCAUGGAGAAGAACUACCAGGACCGAAACUCAGGUAUGGGACAAUAAGACGACUUUCAGUAGACGGUUAGACAGUAGUGUUACAUGUAGCAAUUAGAGGUGGUUAUUAUGUGACAAAUGAAAGAGGCUAAUAAUAAUUGAUUAUCUACCUGGAACGUUACCAAUUAACCCUGCUUGGCUUACUGUGGGAAGAUUUAAAGAAGGUUAACAUAGUAGUCAGUUUAUCCCAAUGAGAUAAAUGUUCUUAUCCUUUGGAGCUGGAACUAGAAUGGUGAGAAUCUAAUAUUUUCUGGGCAACAUUUAUGUCGGAUUGUUAUUAUUCUAUUAAAUAAAUCAUUAAUAUUGUAUGUAAAUAAUAUUUUUAGGUUGAUGUUGGUAUUUUGAGGAUGUUAAUGCACUACCAGUAACGAGAGUGGGUUUCUCCUAGUAUUGGUAGGUCAGUAUUGGUAUUGGUAGGUCAGUAUUGGUAUUGCUAGGUGUCUCUCAGUAUUGGUAGGUCAGUAUUGGUAUUGCUAGGUGUCUCUCAGUAUUAGUAUUGGUAGGUCAGUAUUGGUAUUGCUAGGUGUCUCUCAGUAUUAGUAUUGGUAGGUCAGUAUUGGUAUUGCUAGGUGUCUCUCAGUAUUAGUAUUGGUAGGUCAGUAUUGGUAUUGCUAGGUGUCUCUCAGUAUUAGUAUUGGUAGGUCAGUAUUGGUAUUGCUAGGUGUCUCUCAGUAUUGGUAGGUCAGUAUUGGUAUUGCUAGGUGUCUCUCAGUAUUAGUAUUGGUAGGUCAGUAUUGAUAUUGCUAGGUGUCUCUCAGUAUUAGUAUUGGUAGGUCAGUAUUGAUAUUGCUAGGUGUCUCUCAGUAUUAGUAUUGGUAGGUCAGUAUUGGUAUUGCUAGGUGUCUCUCAGUAUUAGUAUUGGUAGGUCAGUAUUGGUAUUGCUAGGUGUCUCUCAGUAUUAGUAUUGGUAGGUCAGUAUUGGUAUUGCUAGGUGUCUCUCAGUAUUAGUAUUGGUAGGUCAGUAUUGGUAUUGCUAGGUGUCUCUCAGUAUUAGUAUUGGUAGGUCAGUAUUGGUAUUGCUAGGUGUCUCUCAGUAUUAGUAUUGGUAGGUCAGUAUUGGUAUUGCUAGGUGUCUCUCAGUAUUAGUAUUGGUAGGUCAGUAUUGGUAUUGCUAGGUGUCUCUCAGUAUUAGUAUUGGUAGGUCAGUAUUGGUAUUGCUAGGUGUCUCUCAGUAUUAGUAUUGGUAGGUCAGUAUUGGUAUUGCUAGGUGUCUCUCAGUAUUAGUAUUGGUAGGUCAGUAUUGGUAUUGCUAGGUGUCUCUCAGUAUUAGUAUUGGUAGGUCAGUAUUGGUAUUGCUAGGUGUCUCUCAGUAUUAGUAUUGGUAGGUCAGUAUUGGUAUUGCUAGGUGUCUCUCAGUAUUAGUAUUGGUAGGUCAGUAUUGGUAUUGCUAGGUGUCUCUCAGUAUUAGUAUUGGUAGGUCAGUAUUGGUAUUGCUAGGUGUCUCUCAGUAUUGGUAGGUCAGUAUUGGUAUUGCUAGGUGUCUCUCAGUAUUGGUAGGUCAGUAUUGGUAUUGUUAGGUGUCUCUCAGUAUUGGUAGGUCAGUAUUGGUAUUGGUAGGUCAGUAUUGGUAUUGCUAGGUGUCUCUCAGUAUUAGUAUUGGUAGGUCAGUAUUGGUAUUGCUAGGUGUAUCUCAGUAUUGGUAGGUCAGUAUUGGUAUUGCUAGGUGUCUCUCAGUAUUAGUAUUGGUAGGUCAGUAUUGGUAUUGCUAGGUGUCUCUCAGUAUUAGUAUUGGUAGGUCAGUAUUGGUAUUGCUAGGUGUCUUUCAGUAUUGGUAGGUCGGUAUUGGUAUUGCUAGGUGUCUCUCAGUAUUAGUAUUGGUAGGUCAGUAUUGAUAUUGCUAGGUGUCUCUCAGUAUUAGUAUUGGUAGGUCAGUAUUGAUAUUGCUAGGUGUCUCUCAGUAUUAGUAUUGGUAGGUCAGUAUUGAUAUUGCUAGGUGUCUCUCAGUAUUAGUAUUGGUAGGUCAGUAUUGAUAUUGCUAGGUGUCUCUCAGUAUUAGUAUUGGUAGGUCAGUAUUGGUAUUGCUAGGUGUCUCUCAGUAUUGGUAGGUCAGUAUUGAUAUUGCUAGGUGUCUCCCAGUAUUAGUAUUGGUAGGUCAGUAUUGGUAUUGCUAGGUGUCUCUCAGUAUUAGUAUUGCUGGGUGUCUCUCAGUAUUGGUAGGUCAGUAUUGUUAUUGCUAGGUGUCUCUCAGUAUUAGUAUUGCUGGGUGUCUCUCAGUAUUGGUAGGUCAGUAUUGGUAUUGCUAGGUGUCUCUCAGUAUUAGUAUUGGUAGGUCAGUAUUGGUAUUGCUAGGUGUCUCUCAGUAUUAGUAUUGGUAGGUCAGUAUUGGUAUUGCUAGGUGUCUCUCAGUAUUAGUAUUGCUGGGUUUCUCCCAGUAUUGCUAGGUCAAUGUUAGUAUUGCUCAGUAUUGGUAAAUCAGUAUUGGUAUUGUUGACCAGUAUUGGUGGGUCAUUAUUGAUAUUGCUGGGUUUCUCCUAGUAUUGGUAGGUCAGUAUUGAUAUUGCUAGGUGUCUCUCAGUAUUGGUAGGUCAGUAUUGGUAUUGCUAGGUGUCUCUCAGUAUUAGUAUUGGUAGGUCAGUAUUGGUAUUGCUAGGUCAGUAUUGGUAUUGCUAGGUGUCUCUCAGUAUUAGUAUUGGUAGGUCAGUAUUGGUAUUGCUAGGUGUCUCCAGUAUUAGUAUUGGUAGGUCAGUAUUGGUAUUGCUAGGUGUCUCUCAGUAUUAGUAUUGGUAGGUCAGUAUUGGUAUUGCUAGGUGUCUCUCAGUAUUAGUAUUGGUAGGUCAGUAUUGGUAUUGCUAGGUGUCUCUCAGUAUUAGUAUUGGUAGGUCAGUAUUGGUAUUGCUAGGUGUCUCUCAGUAUUAGUAUUGGUAGGUCAGUAUUGGUAUUGCUAGGUUUCUCUCAGUAUUAGUAAAUCAGUAUCGGUAUUGCUGGGUUUCGUUCAGUAUUGGUAAAUCAGUAUUGGUAUUGUUGGGUCAUUAUUGCUGGGUUUCUCUCAGUAUUGGUAAAUCAGUAUCGGUAUCGCCGUUUUUAUCUCAGUAUUGGUAGGUCAGUAUUGGUAUUGUUGGUCAGAAUUGGUAGGUCAGUAUUGAUCUUGCUGGGAUUAUCUCAUUAAUGGUAGGUCAAUAUUGGUUUUGUUGGGUUUCUCUCAGUAUUGGAAGGUCAGUAUUGGUAUUGCACGCCCCCCUCCCCCCGUCAGUGCCUACAUUGGCUUCCCAUAAGAUAUAGAACUCAAUUAAUAAGUCUGAUACUUACUUACAAAUCUCUACACAAUGCUGCUCUAACCUACUUUUCCUCAAUAAAACACAAAUAUGUCCCAUUUAGGCCCCUACGCUCUGCCGGAGACCUUGGUCUAACUUCUGUACGUGCUCCUACCUCUGAUGCUCGCCUUAAAGACUUCUCUAGGGCAGUACCGUUCCUAUGGAUAGACUUCACUCUGGUAGACUUCACUCCUUCAAAAAUUAUUGAAAACCUUUUUAGGAAAGCAUAUCAAUUAAACUGUGAACAGCUUUCACUCCCCUCACCCUGAUUCCUCUCCUUAAACUGUUAUUAAAAACAAAACACUAAGCCCUCAAUGAAUACUAUCCUAGCAACCUACCUUUCUACCCUACCCUUACCUUUUGUGUCACUAUACCCCACUACCUCUAGCAUGCAAGCUCAUUGAGCAGGGCCCUCAAUCCCUCUUUUCCUGUGCAUCCAACUUAUCUGGUUACAAAUAAGUGUCUGUUAGUCCACCCUUUGUACAGCGCUGCAGAAUUUGUUGGCGCUUUUGUAAAUAAUAAUAAUAAUAAUAUACACUUUGUAAGAAGUCAUGCACAGUGAGCAGCACUGCCAUUCGGUGUCUCCACCCUCUGCAUGGAGACACUGAACUUUCCUCAUAGAGAUUCAUUGAUUCAUUUAAUCUCUGUGAGGAGAUUCUGAUUGGCCAGGGCUUUGUUUGACUUGUGCUGGCUCUGCCCCUGAUCUGCCUCUUUGACAGUCUCAGCCAAUCCUAAGGGGAAGCACUGUGAUUGGUUCAGACCACCACUUCUGAUAAUGUCAGCAGACCGGUCAGAGGCAGAUCGGGGCAGAGCCAGCAGCUGCAGAUUUAAAUACAAGUAAAAUUUUACUAUAUUUAGGGAGGGAAGGGGGGGCCAGCAGGAAUAGAUGGUGGUUUUAACACUAUAGGGUCAGGAAUACAUGUUUGUGUUCCUGAACCUAUAGUGUUCCUUUAACGUUCAAUUUACAGAGCAGGAGGUAAAAAAUUGUAAAUUAAAAUUACACCAGGGGAGGUGUGGCAAGGACUGCAUGGACAGAAACAAAAGUGAUUUAAAAGGGUAGUCUGGUUACCAUAACAACUUAAUCUAAAUUAAGUUGUUAUGGUGCCUGGAGGCCUCCAGGCGAACUGUUACUGUAGUUCUAGGUGUACAGUUUUAUUAACUAUGUAUGAUGUUCUUAAAUGAAUUCCAUCCUCUGUAGACUCAAGAUGAUGCAUUGUUGCUAAACAAUAGUAUUGCACUUUUUUUUCUGUAGAGUUUGCAUGCCAGCUCCGGGGAGAAAGAAAUUCUCAACUGUGAAGACUUCAUGUUGACUUUGUACAAGGUCCUUUGCAAAGCCAGCCUUCAAUUCUUCUCUCGUUCCCAACUAAGGUCCAAAAGAGAGUCACCUACAGUAAAUGGACCUGGUUCAGCACUUUGAGAAUCAGAUGACACGAGACUCAGCCUGACCUUUACUUGUGGAACUUGACACGAUUCCUAUUUAUUUUCAACUACCAGAGGUGCAAUCACUAAGGGUGAAUUAAGGAUGAGCGGAGGGCAUCUUUUUUGAUGACCAAGAAAAAAGUUAAGGCUUGUAAAUCAGUGGCCCAGGAUCUCUGCACAACUCUAAGCUAACGUAUACAUUCAACCAUAGUGGAAUAAUUCACCAGAUUCUCUGCAGAAGGAUUAAUCAAUAUAAUUAUAUAUUAUAGAUUAGCAUACAAUUAAAAAACUAAAAUUCUAAAACUCUAGUUGACUGAUGAAACAUUGAAAGGCCCACUGACUUGAACAUUGAUGGACAAUGAAUAACUCUGUAGCUGGGAUGAACAGAAUUGGUUCACUCAGGGGUAUUAUGGCGAAUUGCCUUGCUGCGGUAAUUGGGAAAACAGUGAUUGGCUGAUUGGCAGAUUAAUUCAAUUGUGUGGAUGAGGGUAAUAAAGUACACUGGCAGUUUGGGUAAAGAAACUGUUGACAUGUUUGUAAAGAGGCAGAGAUUGGAGAUGCAGGCAGACUCAGUAUAUUGGACAAUGGCUGGUUUCAAAGGACCAAGUAACAUCGGCUAAUGGAACUGACAGUGAGGUCACUACUAGGCUGGAAAUGAGAUCAGUGAUAUUAGAUGCCUGCCUGGGGUGUGGAUUCUGGAGCUGGGAUUUGGAAUUAAUUGCUAGGGAGAAGGCACGUAAAAUUUCUAAAUGUAAAUAGCAUUAAAAAAGGUGUAGUAUAUCUGUUUGGGAGGGGUGGGGUUUGCAUACUAUUGGCCAUGCCACGAAAGGUAAAUUACUGUGCUGCCCUUAAAUGAAUACUAUAGGCACCGAAACACAAAUAGCUUAAUAAAGCAGUUUUGGUGUAUAGACCAUUCCCCUGCAGUCUCACUGCAAAAUUUGAUGCCAUUUUGGACUUAAAUCACUUUUGUUAAUGUAUAUGCAGCUCUGGUAACACCUCCCCAGGCUUUGACUAUGAAAAGUUUUUACAACACAGUGUGUUUACUGUAGAAGAUGGCUCUGAGAAUUGAAGUUUAAGCACAGACACAAGGCUCUUGCAGGCCAUUAACGGAGCAGGAAAUACAAAAUUCUAAGUUAAACUGACUGUGCAAGUGUGUAGACAAGCUGUGUAAGACAGAGUCAGGGAAGCUAUGGCCAGAGUUGCAUACACACUGUAAUUUAACUCCUAAAUGGCAAAUAGUUGAUUGAGUGACUAUAGAGGAGUUUGAGAUUUCCUCACCCCCAUCACCCUUAGUCCCCUGUCCCAAAAUCAGCACCUUUUUCCUAAGUGUUGCAAUUCGGUUUUCAAUUUACAAUAAUACUGUGUUUAGUGAAUUACACCCAGAGUGUUUUGUGGUUUAAACAUCACAUAUGAGAUCAUACAAAUCAAAGGGCUAUCACAUAUAUUUAUCAUCAAUUGUACUCUAAAUACCCGAUAGUGAGUUUAAAGGAGCAAUAGAGGGAAAAAAAAAUCACUGCCUGGGGAUUUCACGAGAAAUAUUCCUUUUACGCAGAGUUUCCCUCCUCCCGUGACUUCACUGGUGCUUCGUAGGAACCAGCCUUAAAGGAUCACUAUAGCGUCAGGAACACAAACAUGUAUUCC